CCUCAUAAUGCAAACCACAAACACGGUAAAGCAAACCACAAACCUCCUAAUGCAGACCAAAAAUAUAUUAAAACAAACCAGAAACCCCACAAAUCAAACCAUAAAAUUUUCGAAAGCACACCAUAAACUUCUUAAUGCAAACCAGAAACACAAGAAAGCACACCAGAAACCUCCGAAUGCAUACCACAAAUCUCCUAAAACAAACCACAAACCUCACAAAGCAAACCACAACAUUUGCGAAGCACACCAGAAACCUCCUUAUGCAAACCACAAACACAGUAAAUCAAACCACAAAAAAUCAAACCAUAAACGUCCUAAUGCAGACCACAAAUAUAUUAAAACAAACCAGAAACCCCUCAAUGCAAACCACAAAAUUUUUGAAAGCAAACCAGAAAUUUCUCAAUGCAAACCACAAACACGAUAAAGCAGACCAGAAACUUCUCAAUGCAAACCACAAACACGAUAAAGCAAACCAGAAACUUCUUAAUGCAAACCACAAACACGAUAAAACAAACCACAAAAGGCAUACAAAAAUACGAGAAACCAAACCAUAAAUCUCACAAUGCAGACCAUAACAUCAGGUGAAGUUCGUUGACCAAACUCCGAUGACCGUCAGUGACCAGAUUCCGGCGCCGAUAAGCAUAUUCCGGCCCCGGUGACUAGAUUCCGAUGCCGGUAAGCAUAUUCCGACGCCGGUAAGCAUAUUCUGAUGACAACAUAGCAUAUUCCGGCGACAAAAAAACAUAUUCCGGUGACUGGCGACCAGAUUCCGGCGACCGAUGACCGAAUUCCAGCGACCAAAAUUUUGGGCCGAAAAUAAAAAAAUAUUUUUUAUUUUUUUAUUUUUUAUUAUUUAAAUAUAUUUUUCAUAAUGACAAUUAUACCCCUGCUUUGGUUUUACACUAGGUCAACUCAUCUCAUAAAAAGUCAUCACAAUCCUAGAUUCCUAUUGGUUGGAGGCUAGUGUUGUUACAAUAACAAUACAAGGAGUGUUGUUACCGUAACUAGUCCUUAGAAAAGCAUAAGCACGAUCAAUUAUAAUUGAUUCUUGUAAACAAGUACAAAUUUUGCCCUAUCCAAUCUCCAAUAUUGCUUUCCCCACCAACCAAAUGACUUGGCGAGAGGAAAUUGCUGGAAUCCAAUCUCCAUUGUCUUUGUACUAAUUAAUAUGCGUCACAUACUCUACAUGGACAUCCCCAUAACUCGUUUUUCUUAUUUCCUCCUCCUAUCAACUCUACAUGGACUGCGAUUUAAUUUCAAAAUGGACAUGCAUGCGCACGUACCUCCUUUCUUUUCCGUUCUUCCUAAUUCCAUUGUCGCUGCCGUACGUAUACUCAUUUACCUAUAACAGAUACGCAAAUGCAUGCCACAUUUCCUCAUUCCACUUUUCCUAGCCUCAUAAUAUAGAGAAAGAAAUUAAGAUGAAAGACGGAAAGAGCCUCCACGGCAGCAACAAACAGUCCUUCAACUCCACAGCAAUCUACACACUCCUCAUCCUCCUCUCCUUCUACAUCGGCUACUUCUACGCCGCCGACGACAACAACAACCACCCCGACUCCCAACUACCAACAACCGCCACCGCCACCGCCACCGCCAUGACUCUCCCAGCCGAGCUUGACAACUUCCGAGCCUCCCCCAACUGCGCCGCCAACCCCUUACCCACCCGCCAAAUCCGACAAACCCUCAUCGACCGCGUCUACGGCGGCACCUCCCCUUUCUCCGACUUCCCGCCGCCGCACGUGGCCGGAUCCCUCCGCCACAAGUGCCUCAAGGGCUGGGGCUCCACCACGCCCGUGUUCCGCCACCUCCUCGAGGAGGUCCGGCCCGAGGUCAUCAUCGAGGUCGGGACCUUUCUCGGCGCGUCCACCGUCCACAUGGCCAAGCUGGCGCGUGAGCUCGGGCUCGACGACACGGUCAUUCUGUGCAUCGACGACUUCCGGGGCUGGGCCGGGUUCAGGGAGGAGUUCCCCUUUAUCAAACAAGUCAAUGGCGCCGUCACGCUGUUGUAUCAGUUCAUGCAGAACGCGGUUUAUACCAACGUGACCGGUUCGGUCCUCCCGCUACCGUUCUCGGCCGGUUCGACCCUGUCCGUGUUGUGCGAGUGGGGGGUCACCGCGGACCUGAUCGAGAUCGACGCGGGUCAUGAGUUUACCUCGAUUUGGUCCGAUUUGAACCGGGCGUACCGGUUGUUGCGACCCGGUGGGGUCAUGUUUGGGCAUGACUAUUUCAUGGUGGGGGAUAGGCGUUCGGUCAGACGGGCGGUUCAUUUGUUUGCCCAGAUGUAUGGGCAUACAGUCCAGAUCGAUGGCCAGCAUUGGGUGCUGCGGACCUCUUGAUUUUGUUUCUUUCCAACUCAAUACUUUGGUUAUUUUUACUUGCCUGAAUAUUUUGUUCAUUCUUUUUCUGCCUAUGAAUGCAUGGUGAUGAGAUCGACUCAAAUAAUAAAGAUGGUAUAUUGUAUCUCUAAUAGAAGAAAUUUCCUCGUUAUUGUUACUUUUCUCGACCCGAUCUAAUAUGAUUUCCACUACCAACUCAAGAAAUGGAAAACUUCCCGAGGAAAUCGAGAUUUUCUGCUACGAGGAGUUUCAUCAGUUAGAGGUGUCAAUUGGGCGGGUUGGGUCGGGUUCGGAUUGAGUCUAAUAAGGUUGGGUUCAAUCGGGUCGGUUUCAAUUUGGAUCGGGUUUAAUUGGGCUGCAGGUCAAUUGGGUUACGAGUCAAUCAGGUCACUGGUCAAUUGGGUUACGGAUCGGGUCGGGUUACGGGUGCAUCAAAUUACGGGUUUAUUGGAUUACAGGUUAAUUCGGGUUCGGUCAGAUCGAAUUAUGGGUUAUUCGGGUCAAACCAUUGGAUCAUUUACUUCUUGACAGAAAUAAUGUUUUACAAACUAUCAAUAUAUGAAUAUUUAUUUCCCUAAAAAAAAUAUAUGAAUAUAAAUUGUAGGUAAUGAU